GAUUAUGACUCUGCCAAAGCACGAGGCAGUGCCGACCCCAAGGUUGACUUCAGGCGCGGGCAGGUGCUCCACAAGCUCGGGCGUGCCCAGGAAGCGGCAGCUGCCUGGCGCGCUGCUGCAGGGGGGGCAACUUUGGACACUGAUGUGGAGAUCCUGUGCUCCAUCUUUGCUGCCUUAAAGGAUCCCAACUCGGUCUCUGCUCAGGCUUGUGGUCCCUUGGUUGCCAAUGGAAGUGCUGCAGCACAGGUCAGUCCCACUCUCUCACGGCCCCUGCCAGAGACACCUGCGAAAAGGGCGGCUUCAGGCUCACAGACAUCAGGUGCCUCUCCAGGCAAGGCUUCAGUCAGCGGUGGCACGAUGAGUCCCAGAGCGUCUGACCAGUGGAGGCCUAUGUCACGUGUGAUGGAUCCUGAUAGUGCUGUCCAAAAGGCCGUUGAGCAG